AUGGCACAAUCGAUGCUGAUCGAUGUUUUUAUCGACAGAUUAAAGGAAGACACUAUUGUUAAGGGGUUACUUAAGGAUUCACCCGCCACUUUUGACCAGGCGGUAAAUAAAGCUGCCACUAUGCAACAUAACACAAGAGCAAUCCAGAUGCGACGUGGUCCAAAUAUCGAGGAACCAAUGGAUACCACUUCCUCGUUACUGGGAUUGACCUUUAUUCGGACUCUAUUCGGACAAAAUUAUACAUAUAGGAGUGCGGGAGUAGAGUACAGUAUCUUAGGAUCGGACACGAGAUCAUUUUUCAAGAACGUUUGGAAAAGAAAGUCUUGUAGGAUUGAGUUAGGAGAGAGGAGUAGGAAAGGCUGUAAUAAAAAUUUAAAAGAAUUGACGCUGCUACAAGAUUACAAAAGAAUAGGUUAA